UAAAAAAAAUUCUUUUUUAAAUUCAACAUGGCGACUUCACUAGAUCCAUCAUAGUGUUUAUAGAUAGAUAGAUCUAAAUUUAGAUUACAUCUAAGAGUCCAGACAAAAUCUAAGAGAUCUAAAGUCAAAGUAAUGAGUAAUCGGAAAUUGAACUUAAUAGAAGUUUGAAGUUUCAAAUGUAUGAUUAAUAAUAAGUACUAAAGUAGUCUAUAUCAUAAAAAAAUUCAUGUCAAUUAAUCUAAUAAAUUAUAAAUUCUAAUUGAUUUAAAAGCCAAAGUGAGGUUACUUGUAAAAAAGAAACGAUCGACAAAGAAGUCCUAUUGUUGUGAAAGAAAUGGGCACAAUUAAUCAGAUUAAGGAUGAUUUUGAGAAUAAAGCCACAUUAUACUAGACCACACAUUGUCUCAGCCUUAUAUACUGCUGCAGAGAAACACCUGUUUCCGGUAACCAAAAAAAAUCGAGCUAUUCCGGAAAAUCAAAGUACCUAAACUAGUGACUCUAGCUCUCCUCCACCUAAAAUGGGAAGAGAAAAGAAAAGUUUUAGUGCAGUCAAGUAUAUCUUUUUUGGCUUUAAUGUUUUUGUUUGGCUUUUGGGAUGUGGCAUCUUGGCUGUGGCCAUUUGGUUGUGGGCAUCGAGAGGACCUAGUACAGCUGUCAUACCCACAUAUUCAUUCCUGAGUGCUUCCUCUUUGUGCAUCAUUUCUAGUGUAAUCAUCCUGAUCAUUGGUUUCAUGGGAUGCUGUGGUGCUUUCUUAGAAAACCAAUGCCUCUUGAUUGGGUACUUUAUUCUAGUGUUGCUGGUGUUUGCUUUAGAAAUCACUGCUGGUUCAUUGGGAUUUGUUAUGAAAGACAAGAUUCGGGAUGUGAUAUAUAAAGAGUUGGCUAGCGGAAUCAAAUAUGACUAUCGAACAGAGGUACAGUUAAAUGAUCAGUCCAAAAAUAACAGUUUUUAUGACAGAGAUGCCAGGGGAUGGUCUACAUCAUUGGAUACACUUCAGAGAGAUCUUCAGUGCUGUGGCGUUGACAAUCACACAGACUGGUACAACAUUCAGGCUUGGCCCAAUGAGCAGAAAGUUCCAGACUCCUGUUGCAUCCAUCCAUCAAUUAAUUGUGGGUUUGGUGACCCAUCUCUUUGGCACCAAAGGGGUUGCCUUGAAGAAGUUGAGUAUUGGUUUACCAGAAACAUGUACAUUCUGGGGGUGACUGGAGUUACCAUUGGAUCAGUACAAAUCCUGAUCAUGGUAGCAGCAGUAGCACAGUUCUGUUACAUUCGUAGCAAAAGGUUUCCCUUAUAACCACAAGUGUCUGGAUCCAGCAGAUGACAGUCUAGUGAAAUGUUUACUACCUCCGAGCCAGCAUCAGUCACUUCAAGUGAACAGAAACAUUGUAUAGUUUAUACCUACCAGUAGAUAUUGUACAUUUGAUGAUACAUGGCAUUAGCAAACAAAUCAUUAUUCUUGUAGUGUAUACAUUGUACACCAGGCUCUUUGGGCUGUCAUUAGAUCUGUGUAGUUUAAAUGAAGACAAGUAGAUAUGAAUUCCAAGUGGUACAGUACACACCUAUCAAUACUUCCAGUCAUUGUAAUAAUGCUAAUUCAUUCAAGCUACACACCAGUUUGCUAAGUGUAAGGACAUGAACAUGAGCUAUUUUUUUUUUCAUGGCAAAUUUUUAAUAUGUGUGUAUCUUUCAGUUUCUUUAACAGUUUUAAAAGUCCAAACAGAAUCUGAUUGUUGACUUUUGUGCAUAUUUUCUUACACUGUUAUUUCAUUUUAUGUUCUAAUGAUUGUUUAUUAAUAGUUAUGACAUUUAACAGAAUGCAUUUAUUUGUGUAAAAAAACUGGGUAAAUAUGUCUGUCUUUAUUUGAAAAACAGAGAACAUUAACAGAUGCUCUGAUAAACCUAAAAGACAUUAUUUUGACUUGAUACUUGCAUUUUUGUAGCAGAUUUCUAUGGGGAUCCUUAAAUGGAAAAUUUAAAAUUAUGAUUGACAAUUUUUGAAGGAUGAUUUUCUGAUAAUCAAGCUUGAACUUGCUUCCAAUUUGAAGUUUCUUUCAGACAAGACCAACAACUAGCUGCUCCAUAUCUGUCAGGACACAUUUCCUAAGUGUGUGUAUGACACAUCUCCUCAGCGUGUGUCAGUACACUCAGUGUGUGUGUCAGGACCUAUGUCUCCUCAGCUAUAAUGAUAUUGAAUUUGUAUGUUUAUUGUUUAUGUACUUGUUAAUAGUUUUAUCACAUUUAAUGUAAAGAAAGAGAAA